UGCUGGGAAAACAUGGCAGCUUCCUUUUGUUGGUGGGGAUUUACUGAACUCCGAGGGGGGAUUUAAACGCAUUAUUCGGUGGACAGACACAUCUCCGGUCGCGUACACACCGCUAGAGUCAUCCAAACACUUGAAGCAGGAGGAACAUGGAGAAGAGUGGCAGCAUCGACAGUUUGGGCUCGAAGCGCUCCUCUUCCCGACAGCCAAGUGUUGAUUCAUUGUCCAGUACUUCCACCUCUCGCUCUGACCGGUCUGCCCAGGCCAAGCCACCCUUUGCCAUGUCCUCCGAGUCUGUGGCCGCCUCUGCAGACCUCUCCCCAGAGUUCAGGGUUAAGCCCAAACCGGCUGCCAAGCAGGUGCUCAGAGAUUCAGACAAAGAAGAGCCGCAGUUACUUCCAAAUGAAACUGUGCAGGACAUGGCCCAAGAUGUGACCUAUUUCUGUCCUUUCAUUGGAGCACUGAGGGGAACAGUGAUAGUUACCAACUACAGACUUUUCUUCAGAUGCAUGGACAGGGAGCCAUCAUUUGUGCUGGACCUGCCCCUUGGGGUGGUGAGUCGUGUGGAAAAGAUUGGAAGUGCAUCAAACCGUGGUGACCUGUCCUACGGGCUGGUUUGUAAGGAUAUGCGUAAUCUACGAUUUGCACACAAGCAAAUGGAGGACACACUGAGGAAGUCCAUUUUUGAAGUGCUGGUGAAAUUUGCGUUUCCUGUUUCCAACGGGCUGCAAAUAUACGCCUAUGAAUAUGGGCAAGUGUUCCCCGAGAACGGAUGGAAGGUGUAUGACGCUCUCUCGGAAUACAAAAGACAGGGUAUACCCAAUGAAAGCUGGAGGAUAACGAAAGUAAACGACCACUACGAGGUUUGUGACACUUACCCGUCGACUCUGGCGGUGCCCGUCAACAUACCGGACGAAGAGCUGAAGCGAGUAGCUGCCUAUCGAGCCAAGGGAAGGAUGCCUGUGUUGUCGUGGAUCCAUCCAGAGAGCCAGGCGACAGUGGCGCGCUGCAGUCAGCCCAUGGUCGGGGUGAACGGGAAGCGCAGCAAAGAGGACGAGAAGUACCUCCAGGCGAUCAUGGACGCUAAUGCUCAGUCGCAUAAACUCUUCAUCUUUGAUGCAAGGCCUAGCGUCAACGCCGCUGCGAACAAGAUGAAAGGCGGCGGUUAUGAAAGCGAGGACGCGUAUCAGAAUGCUGAGCUGGUGUUCUUGGAUAUUCACAAUAUCCACGUGAUGAGAGAGUCGCUCCGUAAGCUGAAGGACGUGGUCUACCCCAACAUUGAGGACUCCCACUGGCUCUCCAACCUGGAGUCCACUCAUUGGCUUGAGCACAUCAAGCUGAUCCUGGCAGGAGCGCUGCGCAUUGCAGACAAGGUGGAGUCUGGGAAAACGUCCGUGGUGGUGCACUGUAGCGAUGGUUGGGACCGCACGGGCCAGCUCACCUCCUUGGCCAUGCUCAUGCUGGACAGUUACUACCGCACCGUCCGCGGCUUCGAGGUGCUGCUUGAGAAAGAGUGGCUCAGCUUUGGUCACCGCUUCCAGCUGCGUGUCGGUCAUGGCGACAAGAACCACACAGACGCGGACCGCUCGCCUGUUUUCAUUCAGUUCAUCGACUGUGUCUGGCAGUUGACUCGCCAGUUUCCUGCGGCGUUUGAGUUUAACGAAUACUUCCUGGUAACCAUCCUGGACCACCUCUACAGCUGCCUGUUUGGGACCUUCUUGUGCAACAGCGAACAGCAGAGGUUGAAGGAGGAGAUUCCCAAGAGGACAGUGUCGUUGUGGUCAUAUAUAAAUAGCCAGCUGGAGGAGUUUACCAAUCCGUUGUAUGUGAACUACUCCAACCAUGUGCUGUUCCCCGUAGUCGGCUUACGCCACCUGGAGCUCUGGGUUGGCUACUACAUCCGCUGGAACCCUCGCAUGAGGCCUCAGGAACCUGUUCAUCAGCGCCACAAGGAGCUGCUGGUGAAGCGGGCGGAGCUGCAAAAGAGGGUGGACGAGUUACAGCGCGAGGUGACCAAUCGCUCAGCCUCCUCUUCCUCUGAGCGUGCGGGCUCCCCCACACGCUCCAUUACCCCGGUGCAAACCUUCGUCUGACACAACUUUGACAGCGCAGACGGUCGCAGGAGCUGAAUCCUACCCGAGAGAAGUUGCCAUACAGCAGUAGUCCGUUGGCCACACCUGGCGCCACAAAGGACCCGUGUGCCAAACCGGCGUUAAUACACUACCACCAAAAGCCUGAUGCGUUUCCACCUCUCACAGGUCAUGUAGUGUCCCAGACUGCUUUACUACAGCUAUAUUGUACCCUUCCUCCAGGGUUGAGAGGACAUGUAACCAGAAUAGUGAGAACACCUACAAUCAAGUGUUGAUCAUUUUUGAAGUACACUAAAAUAUUCCUUGGGUAAAAUAUGUAUGCCUUAUACACUUCAUAAGGAACACUCCCUUCAUUCUUCGACACUGCAAUAUUUUAGAUAUUGAAAGUAGUACCGCUGAAGCAUUUGUGAAGAUGUACAUCGCUGCAAAAAAUGAUUUUGUGCUCUAGUACUAAAAACGACUAAAUGGCUCGGGGGUUGUUGAAUAUUCAAAAUGUAGCCAAAGGGCUGUAACGUUAGCUUCUUCUAAUGUUAAAGAACAUAUAGACGGAGCGCAUUAAACAAGUUGUCGGGUUGUCUUCUCAAGUCAGUGCUUUUAGAUGGUUGUGACCAAAUAUCCAUGUUUUUUUGUUUUUUUCCAUGUAUACAAAAUGUGUCAUGUAUGACAUUCCUCUCAGUUUUGUUUUUCUAACUAGAUAUUUAUUGUCGUUAGUUAGUCCGGACUGUAUUUAUGGUUCACAAACACACGCUGUCUCGUUGUCAUAAAUUGAUUAGAGAUGUUCCCAUGCAAUAUUAAUAAGCUACACAGAAUAUGCAACCAGUUGAUUUGUCCCAGUUAAUAGUCGACUACUGAGUAAGAAAUGUACACACAUUAACAUUUUACAAACGCUUUUUAAAGCUAUUAUCAGACUUUUUUUUUUAUAGGCAGCAGAAUGUGUAACAACUAAUAAUUUGCUUUUGGAUGUUUUUCUAAUGUAAUGAAUAUCUGUGCCUUGCUCUGAAUGACUGAAUGGGAGAAAAGAAAAAAGUGUGCACAAGUUUUUUUUUAAUUGCCAAGAGGAAACAGUAAAUACAGUUAGUUAGCCUUUUCACUGUGUAUGUCAAUACUUGCAAUAAAACCCAAAAUUAAA